GGCCCCGCGGGGCUGCCGCUCAUCGGCAACAUCCACGCCCUGGGCGCGGAGCAGCCGCACGUCUACAUGCGGCGGCAGAGCCAGAUCCACGGGCAGAUUUUCAGUCUUGAUCUUGGAGGUAUAUCUGCUAUCGUACUGAAUGGAUACGAUGCAGUAAAAGAAUGCCUUGUCCAUCAAAGUGAAAUUUUUGCAGAUAGGCCAUCUCUUCCUUUGUUUAAGAAGCUGACAAACAUGGGAGGCUUACUGAACAGUAAAUAUGGCAGAGGAUGGACAGAACAUCGCAAAUUAGCCGUAAAUACCUUUCGAAUUUUUGGAUAUGGUCAAAGGUCCUUUGAACACAAAAUUUCAGAAGAAUCUAUGUUUUUUCUUGAUGCCAUUGAUACAUACAAAGGCAAGCCAUUUGAUCUCAAGCACUUGAUAACAAAUGCCGUUUCAAAUAUUACUAACUUGAUUAUUUUCGGAGAACGUUUUACAUAUGAAGAUACUGAAUUUCAGCACAUGAUUGAGAUCUUUAGUGAAAAUGUUGAAUUAGCUGCUAGUGCUUCUGUAUUUUUAUAUAAUGCUUUUCCUUGGAUUGGUUUCUUGCCAUUUGGGAAACACCAGCAGCUGUUUAAAAAUGCAGCAGAAGUCUAUGACUUUCUUCGUGAUCUUAUUGAACGUGUCUCUGAAAAUAGGAAGCCUCGAUCACCUCGACAUUUUGUAGAUGCAUAUUUAGAUGAGAUGGAUUGCAAUGAAAAUGAUCCAGAAUCUACAUAUUCAACAGAAAACUUAAUUUUCUCUGUUGGGGAACUCAUCAUAGCUGGGACAGAAACCACAACAAAUGUUUUAAGAUGGGCAGUGUUAUUUAUGGCUCUAUAUCCAAACAUUCAAGGACAAGUUCAAAAAGAAAUCGAUUUAGUCAUCGGUCCACACAAAAUGCCUACUUUAGAAGAGAAAUGCAAAAUGCCAUACACUGAGGCAGUUCUACAUGAAGUUCUAAGAUUCUGUAAUAUAGUUCCACUAGGUAUUUUUCAUGCAACUUCUAAAGAUACUGUUGUGCGUGGUUAUUCUAUUCCUGAAGGCACUACAGUCAUUACAAACCUUUACUCUGUUCAUUUUGAUGAAAAAUACUGGAGCAACCCAGAAGUGUUUUUUCCUGAGAGGUUUUUGGACAGCAGUGGGCAGUUUAUCAAGAAAGAUGCAUUUGUUCCUUUUUCACUAGGAAGACGACACUGUCUUGGAGAACAACUAGCCCGAAUGGAAAUGUUUUUGUUUUUCACUUCAUUACUUCAACAGUUUCACCUGCGUUUUCCUCAUGGUUUGAUUCCAGAUCUCAAACCAAAAUUAGACUCAUCACCUGACUUUGUUGAGGAGGAAGAACUCAGGGGAAGAAGAUCCAAGUAACUUCUUUUGACAACGUAUGUGAGUACCGUAACAUCCAGAGGUCUCCAGAACGCAUAUAAGGAAUUGGGCCCUUACAGAAACUGAACUUUGUAGUCUAGUUCUGUAUCCAUUGUAUGCAUGGGAGCAACUAAUCUGUCCAACAUUGUAAAGGAAGGCAAUGAGGAGAUGGGGGACUGUCAUUUAUAGGAAGGGUGCUGAAGACAUCACUUCAGACUGAGAAUAAAGGCCUAAAAGACGUCUGCUGUAGCAGCACAAACUUUAGCGGAGACUAAUUUAGCCUGCUUCUUGACAAAAUGAUUGGCAAGCAUGGCUUUAGGGAGUAUUUUAAAGGUGUUCUUCAAUGUGCUUUUCCAUAGCAUCUCUCGGUAGCUGUGAAUCAACGUGUGAUCGCAGAUUUAAAUUUAAUGUAAUUUCUUGACGGCCUAUUAUCAGAAGUGGAUUGUGAGCAUACUGAUGGAAUAAGAACAAUAUGCCUUACCUGGGUAUAUAUUAUUGUUGACAACAGCUCAGUCAACCUUACAAUGAUCUUCCUUCACCAUUUUUGAAUGAUUGACACCUUCAGUUUCAGUUGCCUCCGCUUCUGCAAAAAUGUCCUGAUCUUUGAUGACGUUUAUACCUUCUUUUCCCCCUUGCUCUAAGAAUAACAAUUAGUCACAUAUUACGUAUACAUAAACAACAAACAUUUUAAGAUAGAUUUUGGACUGAUUCACAAUUAAACAUAUCUUUAAAGCAAGCUAUAACUUGAAAAUAUCUAACUGGAAUUAUAUACUAGUAGUAUAGUUUAACAAACACUUAGGUUUGUUCCUUGUUUUUUUCAUUUAAAAACUUCAUCCAAUUUUAAAGAACAUAAGGGACACUUGAGAUAAGAAAGUUGCUGGCAAUGCUGUCACCAGAUUCAAAUGCUGCCAAUGCUUUAGUAAAAGAUAAAAUAUUAUUUAUACCUUUUAUUCUCUUUUUAUAAUACUUUUAAAUAACUAUUUCUUUAAAUGAGGAAGAAUGGAACAUCAUGUAAAAUACUAUCACAUACUAAAAGCAUUUGCAUCCUUUUGUCAGUCAAAGGAAGAAUGAAACUAACUAGGAUUAAAAGUGUGUUUUUACACAUAGAUAUGUAGGCUAAACAUGAAAUGCUGAGAAUAUAGCAUAUUCAAACAAGCAUAAUUUCUGUUGUCUUCAAGUGAUCUAUCAGGGAAAUACAUGGAAAAAAACAGAUGCAAAGUACAAGUGAAUGACUGGUAAGUGCCAGCUUCAGUAGUGCAGUAUUUUAUUAUUGACAGAAAUGUCUGGUUUUAACACUUGUGUUACAAAAAAAUGCAGUGAUAGCAAUAAUGGCAGCAAAAGGGGAUUUUUCACUGAUUGUAUACAACAGCAAAGUAUGUCUCAGUGGUCUUCUAAAUUGAUCCAAGAAUAGCUUAUUAGUGGAAAAAUAAAAAAGGAAUUCCUUUUCAGUUAUUUAAAUUAGCCAGUCACGAGAAGAAUAAAAAUUCAAUGGUGUAAAACAGUGCAAUACAAUAUGCACAAAGUUAUCCUCGGCAUGUCACCUCUUUUUCAAGUCAACUGACAUAAAUGUAAACAUAAAUAUGCUAACAUACAUUUUCCAACUUGCACAUGUGUGCAUUUGUUUUUAUUUAGUUCAACUCCACAGCAUAUAAAUGUUUACUGUUAAAAAAUAUACUUUUUAAAACAGCUUUAUUUAUGAACUGUGGCUUGUAUAAGGUGAUUACAUACUUCUAGCCUAAUUUAUGGACUUUUUUUUCUCUCCUCCCUCCAAUUAGGACUACUGUGGUAAUGUUCCUAAAAUACAUUUUUGUGGAUUGUCAAAGUUUCUUAUUUAAAAACUCAACAAUCUAUAAAAGUAAUAUACUACAGUGGUGUUUAUCCUCAUGUUAGGCCUUACAUGAAAUUGUCACAUUCUGCUCUCUAUAUGUAUGUUUUAGCAUGUAUAUCUAACUUGAAGGCACUAUAAGCUAUGUCUGUGAUGGAAGAAAAGAUGUGGGACACAAUAAA